AUGGUCAUGACUAAAACCUUACAAGAACAAGAGGACGAGCAAGGCUAUUCUAUAGACGAAAACACUUAUUAUCAUCCUGCUGCUGGACUGCAUGGACUUACCAUCAAUGCUUCUUCGCCCAUCUCGGGAUUGAAUGCCAUGUUGGGCAAAAGAAUUACGAAUACACUGCCCUCAGCGAUACCUGCCAAAAGAAAGAGCCCCGCCAGCAACAGCAGCCAUUCUCAGGCACCUGCCAAGGUAAUGCGUGCUCCUCAAGUAUGUGAUUCGAAUAUGCCUCUGCCGAGUGCGCAAAUGCAGCCAGAUACAUAUUCAAAGAUCUGCGCAGAUCAAUACACUAUUACCCCCUCACAAAAGGCUCGAAGAAUAUUGCCGGUUCAAAAUCCUCCUGGUUUAUACAAUCGCUCUGCUCAACACAACCAUGACGCUCUAGACAACCACAAUGCUCUAGACAACCACAAUGCUCAAUAUAAUCAUUCUGCUCAGCACAAUCAUCCUGCUCAACAAAACCGCUAUGCUCAAAUUAAUCAGCAAACUAUAAUUCAAUCAUCUCAAGCCCAUUCAUCGUCAGCCGUCUUUCCUAUACCAGGCAUUGCGUCUAUGCCUUCGUCGAGUCGUAUUAUCCAAGCACCACCAAUUGAAGGGAAUUGGGUCAAAAAGUCAAGUGACAGUAUCCAAAACUCCAACAGCCCGCACAAUCCUGAUUUGACGAAAUCUCUAUCAAACGAACAACUAGCCAUCUACGAUAGCGUUGUUCGUUUGGGGAAAAGUAUUUACCUAACAGGAACAGCUGGUACAGGAAAGUCGGUUGUGCUGAGAGCCAUCAUCAAAGGGCUUCAAUCCAAGUAUGGGGCAAACCAAAUUGCAGUAACGGCAUCUACAGGUCUUGCAGCAUGUCAUAUUGGAGGAGUUACGCUACACAGUGAAUUCGGCAUAGGUCUGGGGGACAAAAGUGUUGACCAUUACACCAAAAUGCUUCGAAAGCAAGGGAGAACUUACAGCAAAAUCAACUCACUCAAAGCGCUUGUUAUAGAUGAAAUAUCCAUGAUUGAUGCCAGGCUAUUUGACAAAAUCAGUCAAAUUGCGCAAGCGUUGAGGGACAGCUUGGCCCCAUUUGGGGGAAUGCAAUUAGUAUUGUGUGGAGAUUUCUAUCAGCUGCCGCCCAUCAAUCGAAAUAGCCGCUUUAUAAAAUACGCAUUUGAAGCCGAAUGCUGGGAUGGAGCUGUCCAAGAGACAAUGACUCUGACAAAAGCCUUCAGACAGACAGAUCAACAUUUUACGGACAUCCUGAACGAAUUAAAACGAGGUGUGGUUUCGGACAAGACGUUAAUGGAGCUCCAAAGACUGCAGCGACCACUGACAAUCCAUCAUGGCAUCGAACCAACCGAAUUAUACCCCCUUAGAAAAGAACUGGAUGCGGCGAAUUACGGAAAACUGACAGCUUUGAGCGGAGAGCCCAUCACAUACAAAUCAACAGACUCUGGCCAACCAGGGCUUCUAAAACAUUGUAUAGCGCCUGAAGAGAUUACACUCAAAGUAGAUGCCCAAGUCAUGCUAACCAAGAAUUUGACAUCGACAUUAGUCAACGGAUCCAGAGGUGUCGUUUCAGGAUUCAAAGAGGAUGAGCAGAAGAAAUUGUAUCCUGUGGUGACAUUCACAAACGGUGAAAAGUUGAUGAUAACCCAGUAUAGCUUUACAUUUGACUCGCACGGCUACGCAGUAGCAACAAGAGUGCAAAUUCCAUUGAUUCUAGCUUGGGCGCUCUCAAUUCACAAAUCUCAAGGACAAACAAUCGAUUACCUGCGAAUUGAUCUGAAAAACAGCUUUGAUUUUGGUCACGCUUACGUUGCAUUGUCUCGAGUGAGAAGCAUGGAAAAUCUGCAGGUGUUUAAUUUCUCAAAAGAGGUUGUUAAGGCGAAUGACAAGGUAAUUGCUUUCUAUGAGAAUGUGGACCGCAAGAGACAUCAACGCGUCAGUGCAAACUCUGAAGAAGGAAAUCUCGUAUAA